AUGGGGAAGGAUAAAUCAGCCAAGAAGAACCAAUCUUCAAUUCCUCCCACGACAGUUGCGGCCCGAUCACCGGGUUGGCCACCGUUUAAGCCGCCUCUACCUGUUGUGCAACUUUACCCGGAAGCCCCUGUUGAGGGAUUGGAGGACAAGAUAAUACUACUGCGAAACUUCUGGCCAAAGAGCCUUUGUCGAGACUAUGUCAAUUUUCUCAGGACGCUGCCCUUGACGACUACCCCUGGCCGCCCAAAACGUGGCGAGGCACUAAGGGUGAACGAUAGGUUCCAGGUUGAUGACAACCGCUUCGCAGAGAAACUAUGGCUUGAAACAGGAUUGAAGGAUAUCUUGCUAGAUGAGUCUUAUAAACAUCUAUGGGACGGUGAUGUGGUAGGGUUGAAUCCCAACAUUCGAGUAUAUCGAUACUCUAAAGGGCAAUAUUUUGAUUGUCACUACGAUGACUCAAAUUUAGUGACUCUACAGCGCCCUGACGAGUCAUCUAGCACCAUCAACACCAAAACAACUUGGACGCUAUUGCUAUAUCUGACUUCGGCGGCUGAAGGCUGUACUGGUGGAGAAACUGUUUUCUAUCCUCGAGAUCGCAAAUCGCCCAAAGAAGAAAUUGCUAUUGCCCCUGAAACGGGGUUGCUUCUACUUCACAAGCAUGGUGAUGACUGUCUACUGCACGAAGGUCGAGAAGUAACAGCAGGAGAAAAGUGGAUAAUUCGCACUGAUCUUUGCGUAAAGAAGUGA